CUGAAGGUGGCGGUAAUGCAACUCCAUGGAUGCCAACUGCCGUCAAAAGUGGAAGAAGAAGAAGCGGCACUGGUGGGUCAUUUGGAGGAACAACCGGCUAUUAGACGGACGCUCUGGACGUUUCAUAAUAUAACUUGUACAGAACAAAAUAAAACCAUGCUGCUUCGUAAAGUGAGCCAGUCCUCCGCGCUGUGCGGCGUUAUCCUCAGGAUGCCUCCCGUGCUGUCCGGGGGUCACGCCGGGGCUGUGGUCGCUGUGCAAAACGGUCGUCGAUACGCAAGCCAGGCUACACAGGCGGUGCUGGAGAAGCCAGCAGCAGUCAGCAGUGACACUGCCACUAAAGUGGCGAAGACAUCAGUUGCUGCUGAAUCCAAAUCAUUUGCUGUAAACAUUUUCAAGGGCCAGAUCCAGACUGCCCAAGUGUUUCCCUUCCCCUCAGCCCUGAAUGAGGAGCAGGAGCAGUUUCUUCGGGAGCUUGUGGGGCCUGUCAACAAAUUUUUUGAGGAGGUGAAUGAUCCUGCCAAGAACGAUGCCUUGGAGAAGGUAGAAGAUCACACCAUGCAGGGCCUGAAGGAGAUGGGGGCCUUUGGCCUGCAGGUGCCAGCUGACCUUGGCGGCCUCGGCCUCUCAAACACGCAGUAUGCCCGGCUGGUUGAGAUUGUUGGAAGUCAUGACCUCGGCGUUGGCAUCACUCUGGGUGCCCACCAGUCCAUCGGCUUCAAGGGCAUUCUGCUUUUUGGGAAUCCAGCCCAGAAGGAGAAGUACCUGCCUAAGCUGGCCUCAGGUGAGCAUGUAGCCGCCUUCUGCCUAACUGAACCAGCCAGCGGCUCUGACGCCGCCUCCAUCAAGAGCACAGCUGUUCAGUCCCCCUGCGGACAGUACUUCACUCUUAAUGGAAGCAAGAUCUGGAUCAGCAAUGGAGGUCUGGCUGAGAUCUUCACAGUGUUUGCCAAGACACCCAUGAAGGAUCCCAAGACUGGGGAGAUGAAAGACAAGAUCUCUGCCUUCAUCGUGGAGAGAAGCUUUGGAGGAGUGACACAUGGCCCUCCAGAGAAGAAAAUGGGCAUCAAGGCAUCCAACACAGCCGAGGUGUAUUUCGAUAAUGUUCGCGUGCCAGCCGACUGCCUGCUGGGCGAGGUGGGCGGAGGUUUCAAGGUGGCCAUGAACAUCCUGAAUAACGGGCGCUUUGGCAUGGCGGCCGCCCUCUCUGGCACCAUGAAGGCAGUCAUCACCAAAGCUGUGGAUCAUGCGGCCAAUAGAACCCAGUUUGGCAACAAGAUCCACAACUACGGAACCAUCCAGGAGAAGAUAGCUCGCAUGACAAUGAUGCAAUAUGUCACUGAGUCGAUGGCCUACAUGAUCAGCAGCAACAUGGACAGUGGAGCAACUGAAUUCCAGAUAGAAGCUGCCAUCAGCAAAAUCUUUGCCUCUGAAGCAGCGUGGACUGUGACUGACGAGUGUAUUCAGGUCAUGGGCGGCAUGGGUUUCAUGAAGGACUGUGGAGUUGAGAAAGUGCUGAGGGACCUGAGAAUAUUCCGAAUUUUCGAGGGCACCAACGACAUCCUGAGGCUCUUUGUGGCCCUCAAUGGCUUCCAGAACGCUGGAAACCAACUGAAGACCUUGCAGAAGGCCUUGAAGAACCCCCUUGGCAAUGCCGGGAUGCUCGCUGGAGAAAUCACCAAGAGAGCUAAAAGAAAGGCGGGUUUGGGCACAGGUCUGACACUGCAGGGAACUGUACACCCCGAGCUGGCGCAGAGCGGUGAACUGACCAUUAAAGCCAUCGAACAGUUUGGAGCAGUGAUUGAGGAGCUGCUGAUCAAACAUGGCAAGAAGAUCAUCGAUGAACAGUUUGUCCUGAAGAGAGUGGCCGACAGCGCUAUUGACCUCUACGGCAUGGUGGUCGUCCUGUCCAGGGCUUCACGCUCUCUGAGUCAGGGCUCAUCCUCAGCUCAGCAUGAGAAGAUACUGUGUGAGACCUGGUGUAUGGAGGCGCAUGAGAGGAUAAUGCAUGACAUCAAGUCUCUGCGCUCCAGUGAGUCCAGACGGCUGUUCAAGAACCUGCGAGCCAUCUCUGCAGCCGUGGUGGAGAACGGAACAGUGGUGGCUCCUCAUCCUCUGGGUUUCUAAACACGCUUGUAUCUUUAUGGAUCUUUAUGUCUGUUUUUUUCCACACUUAUGCAUCUCUAACCAGCGCCAUGUAUGCCAAGUAUUCCCACAAUUUAUCAACUUUUGUUAUUGCCACAAUUGCUCCAUCAUACAUCUGUGCCCUUUUUAUCUGCUUUGUGUAAUUAAGCUUCUGUGUACUGAGUUGCACUUACAACUGAGGGCUGAAUGAUUUCUUGUUUUUAUACAGAAAUUACAAUGUGAUACAAAGCAGUUGUUUUUUUUUUUUUCAGGUACUUAUUUAUUAAAUUCUGACUCACAACCUCUAGAUUUUGGUGCUGGAAGUCUCACUGUGAGCUGGAGGUUUAAUCUACCGGGGGGAAAAUGAUUAAAAUUGUUCAGUAGGCAAGAAAAAUCACAUUAUUUCUACAAAUCAUUCAGCCCUACUACCACCUGCAUCUAAUCGAUUGUGUGCACGGAGCUUUUAAGUUUACUUUAUUUCAGCCUUUGUAGCUUUCCUGCGGUUGAAUCUAGUGAAACGUGAAGUUAUGGUGUGAUUUUGGUGUUGAAGGGAAAAUGUGUCAAUGCAACUUUGAGGCCAGUGGAACAGGAAGCUCAUCUGUUUAAAGGGGUUUAAGUUAUACACAAAGGUAUUGUAAAAGAGAAUUCAAAUGUAUAUAACGAUGUGCAUGUUCAUAAGCUCACUCUGAGCUCAUGACAGAGACAGUGUCAGGAGCAAAACCUUUUGCCUUAGAAACCGGUCCACAGAUGCCGUUUGUAGUUCCUCACAUGCAGCUUACACGUGUAUUUUUAAACAAGUGCAGGUCAACUUCACUCUAAGCUCUUUAAAGGGCGUCGCAUUAACUUCCAAAGUGCAAGUGUUUAUUUUCUUAGCUGAAAGUCGCAGACGUCAUUAACUAUAAUUGUAGAAAGUUAAACACCACUCUGCAUACCUGGAGUUUAGAAAUUUUAAGAAAUCAUUUCUUGUACAAUAAAUGCACCUAAUCUGCUGUUAUCAAAGUGUGUUAACGCAUUCCUAAAACUUAAAUUAGGUCUGUACAUUCUUGCCUUCCCAUUAACUUGUACCGUGUAGAAACAAUGCUGCUGUUAAGUCAGUAAUCUGUUAUCUGAACAGUUAAUGUGCAGUGUGGCUGAUUCUGAAACAGAUAUGAUCACAUGCCUUCAAAGAAAUCACAUGUUAUCUAUCUAAAAAUACCUCUAAUGAUGCCAGAUGAUUGUCCCACCUUGUUUGAUCAGUGUUUGUGCGGAGCUACUGUGACCUUUUUUGGUUUUACAGCGCAUGUACUGAUUGGGAUUAAUAAAGUAUCUGUCUGUUUGUCUAUCCAUG